AUGAAAGCAUUCAUCUUACUUUAUUUUUUUGCUAUCAUUUUUUUGUCAUCUAAGUUAAAUUGUUAUGUUUUUGAUGAUAAUCAAGGUAUUUCUACAGUUUUACCAAAAGGACCAAUAAUUAGUUUUAAUCAUUCACAUUCAAAAUUUCAAAAACAAUGUAAUGCUGGUACAUGUACAUAUAUUCUUACAGUUCCUGGAUUAUCUAAUAAAAUUUAUAGUUAUUUUAAAGAAAAAAUUGAUAAUGAUAAAAUUAUUGAAGCAACAGAUGAAACAAUAAUACAACAUGAAAAUGAAAAUAUUCAGUCAUCACUUAAAAAUAUUCAAAGUGAUGUUGAAAAGAUUGAAAAUGAACUUAAUAAUUUAACAUCUAUAUAUAAUAAACUUGAAUCAAUUGUUGAAACAAUAGAGGUUAAUCUUGAACAAUCUAACGAAUCAUUGAUUUCAAUAAAAUCUUAUAUAGAUGAAAUGAAUAAAACAUCAACAAAUAAUGCUCUUUAUCAAUGCUAUGUCAAAGCAUAUGAAUCAUGUUUAGAACCAUCAUCAACUACAGCUAAAAUUACUUUAUCAUCAAGUACUAUAUCAUCUAUUAAAUCUACAUCACAAUCAGGUUCAAAAUUACCAACUGUAUCUAUGCCUUCAACUAAAAUUCAAUCUACACCACAAUUAGUUUCAAAACAAUCAACAUUACCUUACACCACAUCUAAAAUUCUAUCUACGCAAUCUACAAAUAUUGUAACUACUACAGCAAAUGUUGGAACAUCAUCAAAAAGUUUAACAACAACGUCUGUUGUGAAUACUCAAACAACAACUAUAUAA